AUGGACGACUCAGAAUUAGCAGCUAUCCGGGCCGCGAGGUUGGCCGAAUUGCAGCGAAACGCACAAGGUGGCGGAUCACAAACACAAGAAAACAAGUCACCUGAGAGAGUAGCAUCGGUGGAGAGCUAUCUGCUGAGGCUGUUCAAAUCUGGAGCCAUUAGAACAAAGAUUUCGGAGAGCGACAUUGUGGAGAUUCUAGAAAAAGUGUCCAAAGAGGAACGGAAGGGCAACGAGACCAAGAUCGUGUUUGAUCGCCGCUCGACCCAUUACGAGGACGAGGAGGAGGACGAAGAAGACGACUUUUUUGACUAG